AUGUAUAAGGCUUCUCCCGUCCCCGGUGAUGCAGUUGGUCUUGAACUCUGCCCUGAAGCGACCACGGGCGCGAUUGGGCUUCGGGGUAACGACAACCGGUCGCUGGUCGACGAAUCGGCCGCUGAAGAGAAUCGAGAGUGCGAGAACAAGCAUUCCAAAGAGGCCGAGGAGACAAGAAGGAGGAGGCACAAGGUCAUGACUAUGAUCUGGCAUGGCAGGGACAGCAAAGGCAUGCUACUGCCGCGGUCGACACGCCGCAAAUCCAGACGGCACACCAUCCCAACCAUACCUCAGCACGAAGAUGAAGAUAAUGUAUGGCCGCAAUUGACACCAGACCAUAAACCCCAGACAGGGUUGUUCAUGUCCCGCAUCGGCAGAGCCCUCUGUCCGACCCUCCAGCGACGAACGCCGAAGCCAAUCUCCCUCCCCAUCGACGAGGUCCCGAGACUGCGUUUCGACGACUGUCACCACGAGGUCCACAUAUCCGGCGGCUAUGCAACAGCAUCACCACCACGAUCACCACCCCCAUCAAGCCCCACGUCCCAACUGCAGACCCAACCUCGCCAACGACGCACCAACCUCUUGGCGCGAGCCAGAACGUCGUGCCUGGAGAAGCUGGACGACUCCCGCCUGGCCCGGCGAUGUUGCUGCAUGCGCGUCGCUGGUCGGCUGGGAGGGCGGGGAGGCGGCGGCAAGUCGCGGCUGAGGGCCUCGACGACGUCGUGCUGCUCUACUACACCUUGGAGCAGCUCUACAAACAUGGGCGUGACCGAGACCGGCGGCGGUGGCGGUGGCGGAUGGGCACUGGAGAUUUACUUUGCCAUGGAGUUCGAGGUCCAAUCGGAACCUCGGCACGAUCCUGUUCCUCUGGGGUAG